AUGCUUGUUGAUACUAAGGCUGUUACGGAAGAAGCCUUAGUCAAAUCUCCUGUUGAUGGGGAAGAGCCAAAGGAUGUUGAUUUGCUUACGCUUGAGGACAUUCGUGAUCAGAUACGCUAUAUUGAAAAAUCAGUUGCCACCAAAGAGUUGCAUUUCAUGACUCGCGUUCUUCGUGGUCUAAAUACGAUUCGCCGUAAACUAAACAGCAACGUUUUGCGUGGUCUUGUACACACCUAUUUUGUACCUCAGUCUCAACAGUGGAAUUAUUUUAUGGAGUUCCUUCCAGAGGCUAUGGAUGCUCCGCCCAAAUUGAAUUUGAAGCCGAAAACUCAAAAAUCUGGUUCUCUCUUACCAGAAGUUGAAGUAUAUCUACACCUUUUAUUGCUAAUGCAUCUAUUAGAUGGAGGAAUGACUAAAGAAGCGACGAAUUGUUCAUCCCUUUUAAUGGAAAGAACCCAAGAAACCGGUCGAAGAAGUAUGGCUGUACUGGCUAGUAGGUGUUUCUACUUCCACAGCAGAGCUUUUGAGUUGGAUGAUAGAUUGGAGGAAAUCCGUUCUUUCCUUCAUUCUCGUCUUCGUUCAGCUACUCUCAAGAAAAAUCACGAUUGCCAAGCUGUGCUGGUUAAUUUGCUAUUGAGGAACUAUCUUCAUUAUAAUUUACAUGAUCAGGCCUCUAAACUUGUUAGUCGCGUUGAGUUUCCUGAAUCGGCUCCUAAUAAUGAAUGGGCACGCUUUUUGUAUUACCUCGGCUUCAUCAAGGCUAUUCAGCUGGACUACAACGCUGCCCAUGAUCAUCUUGUAUCAGCAAACAGAAAGGCUCCACAGCAUACAGCUAUUGGAUUCAAACAGGCUCUGCACAAACUGAAUACCGUUGUAGAACUUUUAUUAGGGGAAUUGCCUGAUCGUAGUAUUUUCAGACAGCCUGAGUUCAAAGACGCUCUGCAUCCUUACUUUCAACUCACUCAAUCUAUACAUGCUGGUGAUUUGGGUCAAUUUAACAAUGUCCUCAAGACUUAUUUGAGACAAUUCAACCAUGAUAAGACCUACACUCUUAUUCUACGUCUUCGUCACAACGUUAUAAAAACUGGUGUUAGGAGAAUUUCCUUAAGCUAUUCGAAGAUUUCUCUCACCGAUGUUGCUGAGAAGUUACAGUUAGACAGUGCUGAAGAUGCUGAGUACAUUGUUGCUAAGGCUAUUCGUGAUGGCGUUAUUGAAGCUGUGAUUAACCGUGAACAUGGCUACAUGAUUACAACAGAAGCGAGUGAUCUCUACUCAACUCGUGAACCGGUGCAUCAAUUCAAUCAACGCAUCAGUUUCUGUCUUGGAAUCAGAAACCAGGGAAUUAAGGCCAUGCGAUACCCACCCAAGAAGUAUGACAAUGAUUUGGAAUCCGCUGAGGAGCGCCGAGAACGCGAGCAGCAAGAGAUGGAAAGUGCAAAGGAGCUCUCUGAGGAUGAUUUCGAUGGUUUCCCCUAA